AUGUCUCGCCCCUUGGACGUCCCCGGCAAGGCAGCGCUCGCAAACUUCGUCAAAGGGCCCCUGGCCGACGCAUUAGCAAAGGGCCUGAGGGCACACGACAAGAGCGAACUCAAUUGGAAGGCUCCAGAACACUACACACUCAAACCGCUCGAUAUUGACGACAUCGGCAGACCCGCUAACAAGAGCGGCCGUGCAGCCCGCGGUAAAUACGGCACGGCUGUCCAUAUUUGGGUGUACGCCCCGCGUGGCUGGGACUAUUCAUCCGGCUUCUAUGGUGAAAUCAACAAAAUCAUCAGUAACGAGCUGGACAAGGCGAAGCACAGUUUAAAGGACUUCCCCCUGGGUAUUUGGUUUAGCGUCCACAACAGGAGUGACGAGCCUCUUCACUACUCACCCCCCUGGCGGCCCGAAAAUGGAGGCUGGGUGAAGGAUACUGAGCGUUGGAGCAGAGAGGACUAUGAUUGA